UAUUUUUUUUAUUCUUUCAUCUCGGCAACCAAAAAGGUCCUUAAGAAAGUCGAAAUAAAGACGUCUAAAACCUUUUAAGCUGAAACAAUAAAAGUAACGCGCUUUUUUAUUAGGACUCUCUCUGCUCUCACUUGCAGUCCCCACACACGUUUUUUUAGCGGCCCUCCGCACGGUCGGAACACACACACGGCGAACGCGGACGACAUUACAAACGGGUGUUGGAAGUCGGCAACGUUCCCGCCGACCAUCCGCUUGGCAACUGAACAAAAGAAAGAAAUUCCAUCGCUACGGUCGGCCCUCCCAGUUUGUCGUUUUUUGAUCGUGCGCGUCUUUGGGCAACAAAAAAAAAAAGUUUCGGUCCCGUCGCCCCGGGAACGUUCGUAGUGUCGCCCCCUUCGUUUCCCUUCGCCCCCCCGUAAACCCCCUCCUCGUCCAUUUCCCCCUCGUCGUUCCGGUCGUUUGUUGGCACCCGUUGUUGGGGAACGACAAAGGUGUUGGGCCGUGAGAGAGAUAAGAUUUUUCUCACUUUGUCGUCGUCGUGGCCGUCGCUACUGCGAGACUCUGUCUUUAUUAUUCUUAUUUGAUAUCUUUCCGGCCGAUAUCGUCGCCAUUGAGGAACAAGCGUCCUAUUUUGUUAUUUGGUAACCAUCUCGGUGUUUGUCGUCCUUUUGAUUGACGCGCCGGCCCCGGGUAGCGGGCAAUAGACCCGAAAGGAAGAAAAAACGGGGACACACUUGGUACGAAAUGAGGCCGCUCUGAACAUCGCCAUUGCAAAAGUCAACACACACAUACACGCCACUACCCACCAUCUUUCGGCAUUCGUACUCGGGUUUCUGUUGUCUGUAACGCGCUUGGUCGCCUUCCCCGUUCCGCCUGUAACUUUUACUUUUUUUUUUGUUUUGACACGGGAGAAUGCAGGACGCGAAAGUUGAAAACGGGACGUUGACGUCGGACCCAGAGUCGCAGCAACAGCCACCACCACAGGAACCAUCGCCGAUUAUACAACAAGUUGACACUCCAGAGGUAGUGCCAGUGCAGCAGGAAUUCCAGGCCGUCCAGACACACCAGUUCCAAUCAACAAAACAACAGUUGCAAUCAUUAGCAGUACCCGUUCCCAGACCGGUCGCUCAACCCAAUCUUCUCCCAACAAAUCCACCACAGCAGCCACAGACACGGCAACCACAGCAGCAGCCACCGACGACACAACCACAACAGCAGCAGCGACCGUUAUCAAACAUCCGCGCAAAUGCUCGCCCUCCACACGCCCUUCGGCAGACGAGAUACUGUCUCUUGAUCCGGCAGCAACCGGAAACGGCACGAUGCUGUGGAUUCGGCGGUGAGAAGCUAAAUAACCGACCGGUAGAUCCAUGCGUCAUUGUCCAGCUUGCCGCUGUCAAGGAAUCGGGGGAGAUUGAUACAAGCUUGCAGGCUCUGGGCGAUGUAUCAGCUAUGGUUGCCCACGCCUCAUUGCUUUCGGAAAACGGCAAGGAAGAUCGGAGCGUUGUCCUCGUUCCACCAACGAUGCCACCUGUCCUCCUUGCUCCAAAUCAGUGGAACGACCCUUUAGCUCAAGAGCUCUCUACUGUUGGGCCAGCGUCUGACGCGCCAAUAACAGGGGCAGAAAUUCUUGCGUCGAUGGGUAACCCGGCACCAGAGGUAACGCCCGGCGCGGCUCCUGCCCUGGAAGGGAGCUCUGGCAGCGGAAAUGGAAACUACAUGGGCGCUCCCGUCACCCCACCCAUGGAGGAACAAGAAUGGAACUCGGUUGCACCUGCAGAAGGACAGCCACUAUCUGCAUCCCUGUCACGAGAGGAUCUUACCGUAUCCACAAUCCCUGAACCCUCAUCAUCAACCGAACCCACAUCUAUGGAUCUCAGCGGAGAAGGAUCUGCAUCAACAUCAAUGACACCGACGGCGUCAGCAAGCGUUGCCCCAGCUGAGGCAUCGACGGAGGAAGAAACCACUGAGGAAUCAGAGUUUGGUCCACCCGAUGAAUGCCACAAGUGGGAGCGAACAUUGUCUGGAUCACUAGUAUCGUCUUGUCAUUAUCUUACGGAUUUGAGCGGGUCCAAGGGAGCGUACUUUGUGUUUCCGGAUCUUUCUAUUCGGGUCGAGGGAUCAUUUCGACUAAAGGUGAUACUGACAAAUCUUGCCAGUAUAUACAGCGGGAAUGUGGAUAAGCCGGCUGUGACGGUGUGUUCAGCAGUGUCACAACCAUUUUCAUCCUUUAAUGCUCGCGAUUAUCCCGGACUGAAAGAAUCAACGGAACUGUCAAAGCAUUUUGCCGAUCAAGGUAUCAAAAUACCUAUCCGACGGAAAACCCGACGACGGUACGGUAAUUUUGAGUACGAAUGAUCCAUCUGAGGAAAGACGCAUUCCUCAUACGACUAUUGUGGCUGGCCCCCAUAAACGGACACUAUUCUCCCAAUGAAUGCACAAACCGAGAUAUUUUACAUUUUUUUACUCUAUUGGAGGACGUACGAGAGUACCUCCUUUUUGAACGGGUAACGUGAGUUGAAGGACAAUAAGAUGGGCUGGGUAGAGAGGGAGACGUUUUGGACUGUUGUUUUUUUUUUCCUUAUGGAUUUCCAAUCGACGGUGGACAUUUGUAAAAGAAAAGGGGGGGAGGGGCAUGGUGUGUGUACACGCUCGCACAUUUUUUUUUUUUAAUACUGCGUGAGAAUAAUGGGAUGGACGACCUGGAUAGAUUCCAGCAGGAUGGGAUGGAGGGUUCUGCCUUGUGCCUGAUGCCAAAACAUGUGAGAUUUAAAACACCUUUUUCUUUUGCGGGACCAUUAGAAUGAGCUAUUCGCC